AUGGUGGAGAGGCCACCGCCGGGUCCCCCGGUGACUUUUUGCCAGGACUCCCUGAAGCACGUCCUGGUUUCCGUUAUCAAAACCACUGUAAUCAAACCGCUCUCCUGAGGGAGAGGUGAGGAGCCAGCACUCCCCCUGCCCAUCCCCAUCAGCCCUGCCUUCAGAUACUUCAUGGUUUACCCCUGGCGCUGGGGGGAGAAUGCCCACGAUGUGACCUUUAGCCUGGGUGGCUCCGCUGCCUCUUCAUUUGUCCAACAGCCCCAUGGGGGGCCAGCCAGAGCCUGCAGCAGGGAUGAAGAGGAGGCGGGUAGCCCAGGAAGCAGUAGCAGUGGCAGCCACCUCAAGGAUGGGAUAAGAUGUGACCGACCAAGAGCAGACACAGUUCGUGACCUAAUAAAUGAAGGAGAGCAUUCUUCUAGCAGAAUACGUUGCAAUAUCUGCAAUGGGGUGUUUCCACAAGAGAAAUCACUACAGGCACACAAACGAACUCAUACCGGUGAAAGAUCUUAUUUGUGUGACUACCCAGACUGUGGGAAAGCCUUUGUUCAGAGUGGGCAACUCAAAACUCACCAGCUUCUUCACAUAGGGGGAAAGCCUUUCAUCUGCUCAGAGAAUGGCUGUUUAAGCAGAUUCACACAUGCAAACCGUCAUUGCCCCAAACACCCAUAUGCCCGGCUGAAGAGGGAAGAACUCACAGUCAGACUGAGUAAAAAACAGAUGGCUGACAAUAAAGCUGGAGCUGAGUGGCUAGCGAAGUAA